GUCGUGGUCGUUGCAGUGCAAGAGGCCGUUGACGUCUUUGCAGAGGUUGCCGAGUAAUCGGCAAGCGCUCCGACAGCCGAUAGUGCAUGCACCACCGUUAGAUCGUCACUCUGCAUCGCUCGACACUCGAGACUCUUCCUCCACCAUCCACGUUCUUAUCCUUAUAUCGCCCACCAACGCCGCCCCUUUCUCGACCCUUUGCCACUCGCAAUCUCAUUCUCUGAUAUCCGAUACAUCGUUUACGCUUAUACCCCCAUGGCGCCCACCCUCGCUCACCCAGCAGGAGUGAACUUCGUCGACGAGCACCAUGCUCCAGUCCACACCGACGCUGCCCAGUACUAUGGCGGUGAGGAGCGCUUCAGUCGCGGUCGGACGUACAGUGCGUCCUUCGCGCAUGGGUACAACCCGAAACGCUUGCCCGCUUUCCAGGAUGCCACACAUCAACGCCCGCGCCGUAUGUCUCAUGACGAGAAGGGCUCUGCCCCGCGCCGGUUCCUUAUCGACGUCGAAGAGACCAUCCGCGUCGUCCUCGAGCAGGAGGACACCGACGGCGACUUCCAAAUCUCCGUCACGGAUGCCGGUCCGAAGCUGAUGGCUCUCGGCACUGCGACGAGCAACGGUUUCAAAAGCUUUGACAUCCGGGGCACGUACAUGUUGUCGAAUCUCCUGCAAGAGCUGGCGCUUGCCCGGGAUCAUGGGAGGAAACGUAUCGUCCUUGACGAGGCGCGCUUGACGGAGAACCCCGUUGACCGCCUGUCGCGAAUGAUCAAACAUUCGUUCUGGAACGCCCUCACUCGUCGGAUCGACGGUGAAGGUCUGGAAAUUAUCUGCGCGGACCCAAAGAACCGCACCGGCCGCGUCAACCCGCGCAUAUACGUGCCCCAUGGCGAACCCGCUAUGGCGGAGUAUUACCGGAAGGUCACUAGAGAGAAGCCCCAUCUUAACCUCGAUGUGCAAGUCCUACCGCCCAAACCAGACGACCCAGUCUAUGUCAAAAGUCUGAACAACAAGCCGGGCAUUCUUGCUCUCGCAAUGCAGGAGGUCCCUGAUGGCAAGGACGGCAAGACCCUGAAGGGUAUACCCUUCAUUGUUCCCGGUGCUCGUUUCAACGAGCUUUAUAACUGGGACUCGUACUUCAUCUCCCUCGGCCUGCUCGUCGACGGCUACGUGAACAUGGCUAAGGGUAUGGUCGACCAUUUCAUCUUUGAGAUCAAGCACUACGGCAAGAUCCUCAACGGCUCCCGCUCGUACUACCUCUGCCGGACCCAACCGCCUUUCCUCACCGACAUGGCGCUCCAGAUAUACAACCAGCUCGACCGCUCCGACAUGGAUGAGAACCGUGUCUGGCUCAAGCGUGCUAUCCAAGCCGCCAUCAAGGAGUACCACACCAUCUGGGUUGCAGAGCCACGCAUGGAUCCCAAGACCGGCCUCUCGCGCUUCCGACCCGACGGCAUCGGCAUUCCCCCAGAAACCGAAGCGACACACUUCACGCACAUCCUCGAGCCGUACGCGGCCAAGCACGGACUGUCCGUGCUCGAGUUCAGCGAGAAGUACAACGACGGCGUGCUCAAGGAGCCCGAGCUCGACGAGUACUUCCUGCACGACCGCGCGGUGCGCGAGUCCGGGCACGACACGACGUACAGAUUCGAGAAGCGGUGCGCGAACCUGGGCACGAUCGACCUCCAGGCGCUCCUGUACAAGUACGAGGUCGACAUCGGUACUGCAAUUCGGGAGGUGUUCGACGACGAGCUUGAGCUCGACGAGGACUUCGCGCUCACGCCGUUCCCCCCUACGCCGGAGUCGUACGCAGACCCGAGCAAGUGGGAGCGGAGCAAGUCGCGGAUGCAGAAGAGCGAGGAGUGGUUCGCGCGUGCGGAGUGGCGCAAGGGGAUCAUCGACAAAUACUGCUGGAACGAGAGCAAGGCGCUGUACUUUGACUACGACACCGUGCAGGAGAAGCAGAGCUUGUACGAGAGCGUGACCGCGUUCUGGACGCUCUGGGCCGGCUGCGCGAGCGAGGAGCAGUGCUGGAAGCUCAUUUCGCAAUCCCUGAAGAAGUUCGAAGUGAUUGGGGGAUUGGUUUCCGGUACGGAGGAAUCUCGUGGAAAGAUUUCGCUUGACCGGCCGAACCGUCAGUGGGACUAUCCCUACGCUUGGCCUCCACACCAGAUCAUGACUUGGGUCGGUCUUGAGCGGUAUGGCUACCUUGAGGACGCCCAGCGGUUGGCAUACAGGUGGCUGUACAUGAUGACGACCGCCUUCGUCGACUUCAAUGGUGUUGUCCCAGAGAAGUUCGACGCUGUCAAGCUUUCCCACCUCGUGGACGCCGAGUACGGCAACCAGGGCGUCGACUUCAAGAUGGUUCCCAGGGAAGGCUUCGGCUGGAUGAACGCCGCGUACCAAGUCGGCCUGACAUACCUUUCGACGGGAAUGCGCCGCGCGGUCUCGGCGUGCACGAGCCCCGAAGUGUUCUUCGGCAGCUACCUCAACCCACAGCAGCAGGCGCAGGCGUACGCGACAGCGAACAACGACCCGCUCGGGUUGGCCAUGGACAACCUCAACCUCUCGUCGCCUGUUAUGUCGCCUACGUCGGUGACUGGUCAGGAUGUUCCCGGGCACGACAUGACGCGUUGAGCAUGAUCUCGUCUUUCUCGUUCACGAUGGACUUCUCUGCGUUCCGCCGUGCCACUUGCUCCAUCGCUUCGUCGCCCUCGUCCUCAUCCUCACAAGCUCGACGGCGCCAUCUAAAAUAAUUCAGCGGCUCUCCGCGCCUAAUCAUCCGUCUGGUGCGACGUCACCUCUUUUCUUGUUCUAUGCUUUCACGAUUAUCUGUACCGAGUCCACAUCACCUUGCUCUCGCUCUUCCCACUCUAAUAACUCCUUGUAAAACCAACUUCAGCUCUCGCGCUCGCCUCUCUCUACCUUUAUCGUGACAUUCUGCACGGAUUCUCACAUCCUAGACGCAGCCCCCUACACGUCCAUCCUCUAGUUGCAUCGCUCCAAAUAGCGCUUAGACGUUUCCGCUGCUCUUUAGGCUUUAUUACGCCACGAUACAGCCCAUGUACAAUAGCAAUCGCAUGAGUGACUCCUUGUCUUGUAGAUAUCUGACAUACCU